AACAAAGAAAUGAAUGACUCUGAAGAUUUCAAGGAGGGCCAGAGUAGAAGCAAAGACCAAAUAGACGGCACAGGGAUGAGCCUGGGAAACAGGAAAGGAGUCAGGGUGACAGGGAGAUAUGCACCUCCUGUGGACUGGAGCGGCAGAGAGGGGCCAUCCAUUGUUCAUCCACCCCCCAGCAUCCCCAUACCUCCAGACACCCCAACUGUGAUCUCGAUCGGCCCCCUGCCUCACAAGUCUCCAGAGCGAGUUGACGACCCCAGGAUGGACAAACCUGCUGUUGGCGAGGACUGGAGCAGGGAGAAGGGCGUCCCCAGGCAGACCAUGGAGGAGCUGAAGACCAUCUUGAGGGACAGUCGUUGGCUCAACAUCCAGGGAAGAGAUGAUGGGAAACCGGGGAGUCCUUAUACAUACCUCCAUGGGAGCAGCGGCGGUGGUGGUGGUGGUGGCCGACCUGAUGGACGGCAGGACGAUGGAAACCCACACAGGGCGUUCAGCACCUUCAAACCCAACUCUGACGCUUCCAGAAGGGGGCCCAGGUCCAGAGAGAGCACAUCUAUUCAGCUACCUUCCAGCAAUGAUUCAUCCAGCUCAGUCAGAGCUGAUGCCAACACAAAUAGGCAGCCUGGAGUUAGGACACACACACAUGCAAGCGGCGGCUCCUGGGGCGAGACUGGAGCUUCUCAUACAGACAGCGAUAACGAGAGUGUUGAGAGCUCUGGAAAUCAGAGGUUCAUUUCAGCCAUGGAGCAGAUAAAGCAGCAGAUUGCCCGAGAAAAUAUCAACUUCGUCCGCUUCGAGGCCACCGACCUCCAUGGGGUGUCCAGGUCCAAGACAGUGCCUGUCCGCUUCUUCCAUGAGAAAGCGGUAUAUGGUAUACCGAUGCCAAGAAGCUACUUGGAGCUGACCCUGAGCCCUAAGAGCAACGAAGUGGACCACGCCAGCACUGCCAACUUCAGCAGCGAUGUACUUCUGAUCCCUGAUCUGUCGACCUUCAGGGUCCUACCCUGGGCUGAGCAGACAGCGCGGGUCAUCUGCGACCCUUGUACAGUGACAGGAAGCCCCCUUCGCACUUCACCUCGCCUCAUCGCCAAGCAGCUCCUCGGUCAGCUCCAAAGCAUGGGGUUCUCCCUGCACUCCUCCUUCACCUAUGAAUGCUGUGUCCUGGGGACACCAGACCGGAUUGGACCAAAAACCCUGCUCUUCCCCGCCACCACCUUGCUGAGCAACCACGACCUCCCCUUCUUCCAGCAGCUGGUGGACAGCAUGUACUGCAUGGGUGCUGAUAUUGAUAGCAUCGCCUCUGCCAGUGGGCCAGGACAAAUGGAGAUCAUCCUGAGGCCAGAAUUUGGGAUUGCAGCCGCAGAUAGCGCCUUCACCUUCCGCACCGGCAUCAAAGAAAUGGCGCGUAAAUACAGCUACAUCGCCAGCUUCUUCACCGACGAUGGUCUGUACAACGCCGGGGUGCUCGCUCACAGCCUGUGGGAUGCCAAUGGGCGCCGUAGUCUGUUCCACAGUGGAGAGAAGGCAGGUGAGAUGUCUGAUAUUGGCAGGAAAUGGCUGGCAGGGCUCCUCACCCACUCUGCUGCCCUGAGCUGCCUGAUGUCGCCCGGCUUGGGCUGCCGGAACCACAUCGCUAAGACGAUCAAAGACCCCAAACGGAUGCUGUAUGCCACCUGCGGCUGCAAUGAUAACAGCAGCUCCUUCAACAUCAAAUGCCACGGCGGGAGGGAGACUCACAUUGACAACAAGCUGGGCUCAGCCAUGGCCAACCCUUACGUUGUGCUGGCGGCUACAGUGGCAGCAGGACUGGACGGUAUCAGACGCAACCUGAGUGUGGAGAGCGGUCUGACCAAAGCCCCCACUCAGCAGAAGGAGUUUGCCAUUCCUGUGAAGCUCGACGACGCUCUGGAGGCAUUGGCAGAGGAUCACGUAAUCCGCAGCACCCUCGGAGAGCCGUUUGUUCAGUAUUUCAUUGCUAUGAAAAAGUUUGAGAUUGAAACCCAAGAACUGGACGAUGAGAGGAACAAGUGCCUGGAGUAUUUCAUCUAG